GAUUAUUCUUGUUUGCAUUCUUUCUCAACUCCAAAAAUCUUUGCGUAUUUCACAUUUUCAGCUGAGGUUUCUAGGUUUUAUCUUCAAGUUUGUAAAUUGCUUUGGAGAGGUCGAAGAAGAGAGAAACAAAGCCAUGUCGCUGAAACAAGAGGUGGACGAAGAUUCAAAAGAUUUGAUCUAUGGUGUUUGGUCAGAUGAUCCUUCAUUACAGCUUGAAUCCGCUACGAAGAUCAGAAGUAUUCUAUCACAGAGAGAUAUAACUUGUUCUUCUGGAAUUGUGAUACGAUCUGGAGUUGUACCGCGUCUCGUUCAGUUGCUUGAGAAGGAAGAUUUCCCUAAGCUUCAAUAUGAGGCAGCUUGGGCUCUAACAAACAUUGCUGCUGAUAAUCCGAACGUGGUAGUUAAUAACGGCGCUGUUCCAAGAUUAAUCGAGCUUCUUGCUUCUCCUAAAGAUUAUGUUUGUGAGCAGGCUAUAUGGGCACUGAGUAAUGUUGCUGGUGAUUCGAUAUUUUACCGUGACUUGGUUCUUCUGUCUGGGGUAUUGAUGCCACUGUUGCGACUUCUGUACAAGGAUACUACGGUCAGAAUUGCUACUUGGACUUUGUGUAACUUGUGUCAUGGCAAGCCUGCGCCGGCUUUCAACCAGGUGAAACCUGCUCUCCCAGCACUUGAAAUACUUCUUCAUUCAAAUGAUGACGAAGUCUUGAAACAUGCUUGCUUGGCACUAUGUUAUCUCUCUGAUGGUUCAGAAGAUGGAAUCCAAAGUGUGAUUGAGGCUGGUUUUGUCCCAAAACUAGUUCAAAUUCUCCAAGUCUCUUCUCCAGUGGUACUUGUUCCUGCACUUCGUACCAUUGGGACUAUAGUUGCUGGAACUAACCACCAGACCCAGUGUGUGAUCAAUUGUGGUGCUUUACCUAUUAUUUCAAACCUGCUUACGGGAAACUACGAUAACAACAUAAAGAAGCUUGCUUGCUGGGUGAUUUCAAACAUCACUGCAGGCACUACAGAACAAAUUCAUUCAGUUAUUGAUGCAAAUUUGAUUCCAACCUUGGUCAAUCUUGCUCAAAAUGCUGAUUUCUACUUGAAGAAAGAAGCUGUAUGGGCAAUUUUAAAUGUGACCUUAGAUGGUUCACAUGAUCAAAUCAAAUACAUGGUGAAGCAGAGUUGCAUAAAACCUUUAUGUGAUAUUCUAGUAUGUCAAGAUCUAAGAACAAUCUUAAAGUGUCUGGAUGGAUUGGAAAACAUUUUAAAGGCCGGAGAGGUUGAAAAGAACAGAGAAGACGUGAACCGUUAUUGUGAACUGAUUGAAGAUGCGGAAGGACUGGAAAAGAUUAUGAAGCUGCAAAGACACGAAAACGAUGAGAUCUACGAGAAGGCUUUUAAGAUUCUGAAGACAUAUUGGCGUGAAGAGGAUGAUGAGAACAACAACCUCCAAGGUGAUGAUGAUAUGGACUUUUGAGUUGUGAGACAGUGAGAGAGCCAAGUUCCAGUGCCUUAUGGAAGAUCCCAUGUACACAAUCAUUUAUUAGGGUUAAAAAAACCUCUGACGUGGAACCAAAAGCUUGCACCUUUGUUUCCUCAGAACUUUACUUGGUCUUGUAUUGAGUGUACAGAGUUGAUAUAAAAGCUUUGGCUCCAU